AUGGCUGACGCCGACUACGACCCCGAGGCCGCCGCUGAGCUCAAGAAGAAGAGAACCUUCCGCAAGUUCUCUUACCGUGGAAUUGACCUUGACCAGCUCCUCGAUCUCUCUUCCGACCAGCUCCGCGAUGUCGUCCACGCCCGUGCCCGCAGAAGGAUCAACCGUGGUCUGAAGCGCAAGCCCAUGGGUCUCAUAAAGAAGCUCCGCAAGGCGAAGCAGGAGGCUAAGCCGAACGAGAAGCCCGACGUCGUCAAGACUCACCUGCGUGACAUGCUCGUCGUCCCCGAGAUGAUCGGCAGCGUCAUCGGCAUCUACUCUGGAAAGGAGUUCAACCAGGUUGAGAUCAAGCCCGAGAUGGUCGGCCACUACCUGGCUGAGUUCUCUAUCUCUUACCGCCCUGUCAAGCACGGUCGUCCCGGUAUUGGUGCCACGCACUCUUCUCGUUUUAUCCCUCUGAAGUAA